AUGGCAACGCUACUCCUCCCGGUGCCGCACCUCAACCGCCCCUCCUCACAGUCAGGCCAAGUUUGCUGUAUAUCCCUCAAAGACAACGACCUCGUCCGCCUCUUCGCCAUGCCCCACAACAUCGUCCCCGCAGUCAAAUCUUCCAUCGAACAGACCAUGGGUUACGGCGCCGUCCACUUCUCUAACGAGAACAACAAAACCUUCUACGAGCUCAAGAUCAACGGCGACCCAUGGAACAACAACUCUCUCCCCGAGGCCGACCGUGGCCGAUUGGCUCUCGUCUCCAUUAUCCGUACCAUGGCCGUCAAUGGCUGGAAUAUCCUUCAAGCUAUUGAAAUGUCCAAGCGAGGAUCCGAAACUGCAACAGAGACCAUGUUUUUCCAACGGAUCGACACAGGACUAGGCGUUGUCUAUGCCAAUGAGGUUGAUAUGUUUGGCAUGGGCUUCCAGGCCUCGGAUUCUCUUCGCGUCAUUACCUCUGCUGCUGUUGCUCAUAUCCCUGCUCUCCGCCAAGCCAUCCUUGCCGGAUUGAAGAAGGAACAGAUAGUAGGGGUGUCACACGAGUUUGUGCUGAAGGGCAACCCAUGGAUGCCAUCUGAACGAGACUCUGUUGCAGUGGCGUUGUUGCUCUCACACAUCUUGGCCUAUAUCCGGAGUCAGGGCUUCAAGCUGUACGCGUCGAUUAAUAUGCACAAGGAAGGCCAGCCUUCAGACUUUUGGGUCUUUCGCCGUGUCGGCCGUUGCUGGUCAUAG